CAGUUCAUUUAUCAGUAAACAUUAAUAUGAAUCUUUCUGUGUCGGUAAUUAACUUUCAUGUGUAGUAUCCUAGAAGGUUAAAUAUCAACUAUCGUCAAUUGUAAAACAUUCUAAAAAUAAAGGAUAUAUAAAUUUAUUUAUAGGAUUAUAUAAAAGUGAAAAUUGUAGGAUUAUUUUUGUGUAGUAUCGGUGUAUAUAAUAUCAUCAUGACCAAUUUAAUUGAUGCACAUUGGUUUCCAUUGGCUUCGCAAAGCAAUAUUUAUUCAAUGACACAGUUAUGUUCACUUAGUGGGGUUAAUAAAGUUUUGGUGGCAUCUUUGAAAAGAAAGAUAUACUCGUGCGAAUAUCAUAUUACGCCAAAAUGGAAUUUGAGGCCAGUAGUCAAGGAAUUACUCUUCACGUACAUUCCUAAUGGGGCUGAAAUUAUUGCAAUUGAUGCUUAUAACAAAAUGGAUGUGGGCGAUGGAUUUGUUAUAGGAAUAACAAUUAUUAAAACGAGCACAAAUACAUCAGUUGAAAGAUACCUGAAUAUAUAUUCUGAAGGUGUUGUGGAUGGAGAAGGAGAUGAAAAUAGUACAAUUGAAACUAUAGCACAAAAUUGUCUUAUGGUUGAAUUAUCAUAUACUCCAUAUCAUUUAUAUCAUACGAUAUUACCACAUCAGGCUUCUGGCAAUGAGGUGAUUUGGUUAAUUUCUGGAAGUGACUAUAAGAUUCAUAUGAUUAUGGAAGAUAAAUUAACUCAUGGGUAUAUUGAACCAUCUAUUGAAAAAUAUUUUCCAGAACUACAUAAUAUUCAAGCUAUUUGUUUAUGGAUAAGUGUUUAUUAUUUUGAUAAUUAUAAAUGGCGACUCAGUGCAAUUGGAUGUGAAUGUGGUUUAGUCAAAGUAGCUUUAGUGGAUGUCUUAGAAAUACAGAUGGUUAGAAAUUGGUCAUUAAGAUAUGAUAAACCAAUUUCAAGUAUACAUAUAUUUCCUCAUAGAAAUAAUAUUCCUCCACCAUCAUCAUUAAAUUAUGAAUGUAAAUCUAAAGAAUCAUUCUCAGAUGAGGAUCCAAUAUUGAACAUCUUGAUUGGUAAUACAAGCAAUGCUAUUGUUUUUAUGGAUAUUUUGCAUUGUGGAAUGGAAAAAGAUAUGAUAUUAAAUGGUAGUGAUUUAUCAGAUUGUAUAUUAUGUACAUGUGUUGCGGAUAUAAACAUGGAUGGUCAAAAUGAAAUACUGUUAGGCACAUAUGGACAGGAAGUUUUAAUUUUUGCAUUAUCAGGUGAUACAUGGGAAUUAUCUGUACGAAAAUUAUUUGAUGCUCCUGUACAUUCUAUAUCUUAUAUGGAUAUAACCAAUGAUGGUAUGAAAGAACUUAUUGUUCUUACGCAACGAGGAGUGCAUAUAUUGCAGGUUACAAUAUUUAACAACAUUAAAUAUUACAAUUGUAAAGUGUGUAUUAAUAAUUUAUAUUUAAUUUUUCAUUUUUUAGCAUAACACAGUAGUUGUUAAAGAUAAAUGGAAGGAAAUGUUUAGAAAUUUGUUAAUUAAAAGUGGUAGGUGAAAGUAGUAAAAUGUCAAUUCACACAAUAUUUUUUGUUCUUGAAUUAAUUAUAAUACACCAAAGAAAGAAAGAAAAAAAACCUAAUGCUAACGUAACUUUUUUUUUUUUAAAUUAAUUUGUAUUUUUAUACAUAUCAAAUUUGGAAAAAAAAAUUAAUACAAUAAAUAAUAAUUUUAUGCGAAAUAAUUCUUACUUUCAGUUGUAACACAUUAUAUAUAUUAUCCUGUAGUAUUUAUUCAUACUGUUUAUAUAAUAUAAUAAUUUAAAAAAAUAUUAGAAAACUAUACAGAGAUGAAGAUAUCUUUUUCAAAAGUCUGCAAUAAAUGAAAAUGUGAAAAACGAUAUCUAAAGACAAUUUAAAGGUUACAAUUUUCGCGCCGUCUGAUCGGUGAAGGUGCGCCAGGUGUAUAAAUGAUCAUGUGACCAUAUCGCAACGUCAUUGGACGGUAUGACGAUCGACGGUCGAUGUUCGAGGAGGGAGCAUCGAUCAGGACUUGUACGCGAUUGGUUCAGCCGAGGGAGGUAUGAAUGGUGGGGGGAGGAUAGCGAGGUCGCCAUCUUAAAGCAAUUCGCGAUAGCCUCUCGUCGCCGGUGCGAAGCCGAGCUGUUGUCGUCGUGGUUGUCGUUUUCGUCGUUCUCGUCGUCGCGUUCAGAGCUGAGCCGUAUUAGCCUGGCGAGCGUGUUAAACGCGAGCGCGAGCUCGUACGGCUCCGGUAGGUGAUAUCGCGAGAAAAAGAGUAGAAAGAGGGAAUUUGGGCGAGGAGAGACAAAAGUAUAUCUGUCGAAAGGACAGUUAAUCAACGUUUAACGUCUCGUGCGGAAGACACUUAGGUGGUGCCAAUUCGGCUUUUCAUUUUCUUUUCCUACCCUAUGUCUUCUACUAUCUUGCUCGUGUAAUCGUGUUAUCUUUCUCUCUCUCUCUCUCUCUCUCUCUCUCUCUCUCUCUUUCUGUUUGAUUCUCACUUCCUCUUUCUCCCUCUUUCACUUUUCGCUUUCUUCCGAAUCCACGUCCGCGAAGAGAUAUAUACGCAUACGAGCAUAUUCACUUAGAAAGACACACACUGUCUCUCUCUCUCUCUUUCUCUCUCUCUCUCUCUCUCUCUCUCUCUCUCUCUACACACACAUACACGCAUACAUACACACGCAUACAGAAUCGGGCACCUCGGUAGUGGCCGUGCGCCGAGUGGUACAUGCUGUUUGAGAGAGUGACCACAGAAGGAAACGACGAACACUUGCUGACAAAUACGUUCGGUUUUGAAGAGUCGUCGACGUAGGGGAAGGAAAGUGACAGGAAGAAGGACGGCAGUAUGGCGGGACAAA